GCUGGCGGCGCGGGGGCCGCCGGGAAGGCGCAGCGGCCAUGGCGCAGGCGGAGGAGGCGCUGCGGAGGCAGCUGGGCAAGUAUAAGUUCAGAGACCUGACCAUAGAAGAGCUGAAGAAUGUUAGCAAGACCUACCCCAACUUCACGUUCUCCAUGGACACAUACACCUUCAAGGAUGGAUCCCAGAAGGACCUCCUGAACUUUAGUGGCACUGUUCCGGUGAAAUAUGGUAAUUCCUAUAACAUACCCGUUUGCCUGUGGAUCCUGGAUUCUCAUCCCUUUGCUCCCCCCAUUUGUUUCCUGAAGCCCACUGCAAACAUGGGCAUUGCCGUGGGGAGACACGUGGAUGCACGGGGCAGGAUUUAUUUGCCCUACCUGCAGAACUGGAGCCAUCCUAAAUCAACUCUCAUUGGAUUAAUCAAGGAAAUGAUUGCAAAGUUUGAGGAGGAGCUCCCUUUGUACUCACUGUCAUCUUCUGAUGCAGCCAGGCAAUCAGAACUUCUCUCCUAUAUUGCAAAGAUUACUGAAGGAGACACUGACAUGAAAUCAAGGAGUAAAACUGGAGGCAGAAAUGAAGGAUGUUUUAACAAAAUUACUGUUGUUGGAGCUGGAGAUCUUGGUAUUGCAUGUGUCCUAGCAGUUGCAGCAAAGGGUGUUGCAGACAAGGUGGUUCUUUUGGAUCUUUCUGAAGGUGCAGCAAAAGGAGGGACCAUGGAUUUGGAGAUUUUUGCUGUGCCAAAUGUGGAGAUCAGCAAAGAUUUUUCUGCUUCAGCUGAUUCCAAAGUUGUGGUGCUUACAGUUAAUUCUCUGGGUAAUGCUCAGACUUACCUCGAUGUCAUACAAAGCAACGUGGAUUUGUUCAGAGGAAUUAUUCCAGCAGUCUCCCACUACAGUCAGAACGCUGUUCUCCUUGUUGCUUCUCAUCCAGUGGAAGUAAUGACAUUUGUGUCGUGGAAGCUGAGCUCAUUUCCCAAAAGCAGAGUAAUUGGAGUAGGUGCCAAUCUCGAUUCAGAGAGAUUUCAGUACAUGCUGACCAACCUUUUGAAAGCAGAGGUGCUGGCAAAAGAUGCCUGGGUCGUUGGUGAACAAGGGGAGGACAAAGUACCAUCAUGGACCAGCUGUAAUGUAGUUGCACAUCAGACAGAAGCAAUUGCUGCUCGUAACUCAAGGGAAAAGGUGGCUAACAGAGCUAUGGAAGUCCUAAAGGGAAAAGGUCACAGAUCUUGGUCUGUUGGGCUCUCGGUCGCUGAUUUGGCUGACAGCAUUGUGAAAGAUAAAAGAAAGGUUCAUUCUGUAUCCACUCUGGCAAAGGGCUGUUGCAAUAUAAACAGUGAAGUAUUCUUAAGUCUCCCAUGUAUCCUUGGAAGCAGUGGAGUGAUUGAAAUGGUCAGACUGGAGGAAGACCCGCUGGUGCAAGAGAAACUGCAGAGCAGUGCAGGCUCGAUUCAUGACCUUCAGCAGCAGCUGAAACUGUGAGGAAGCACAAGGGAAGCCUCUGUGUCUGCUCGCUGAAGCUGGAGAUCUGCAAGGCAGAGGAGGUUGCUUCAUAUAUAUGGAUUUCUGUAGAAAACAGGAAGCUUUGUUUCUUUACUUUCCAAAAGUGCUUUCUCAGUUUGGGUUUAAAUAAUUUAAUACUGCACUGGACAGUAUUUUUUUCUCUGCAAAGUGCACUUUCGGUAGCCAAAAUGAGGCAGUAACACACUAGAAUGUUUUACCUAAAUUCACGUGGCUCUUGCCUGUGUUUUGUGGCUGCCAGUUAUAGCCUGAUUCUUGGGUUGCUCUUAGCUCUCUGUAGCCCUCUGGGAGGCAGUCCUAGAGAGGGACUUACCCAGCUCUGCAGAAACUCCAGCAUGCAGAGCCCACUUGAACCCUUCCUCGUGGCUUUUAAAUGCUCUAUCUGAGGCUUGUGGAGGGAACAGUGACUCCAGCUCCUCAGGCACUGGUUAUGCAAUUGCACAGUUCCAUCUUCCAAGGCUGUAGAUGCUCUAUGUCAAUGGACUCCUGGUAUUUUGCUGUUUACAAAGGGGAACAUGAUGUUUGCAGUAUUCUUCAAACCUGAACGAUUGGCUAUGGAUUUCUGUUCACACCUAAUGAUGGCUGAAAUUCUCCAGUCAUGACUUGCUUGUUUUUGUUUUGUGAGGACGUUCAGAGCACUAAAGCAUCCGCAGUUCUCACUGCACACACGCAGCAGUGGAACAGGGGCUCUUCCUGCAGGGGAGGAGCAGGGGUUGGGCUUCAAAUAAAAGAUGAAAUCCAGCAGUUAAAUAGCACAGGAGCAUCUCUGCACAUUCACGCCUCAAUCCAAAGCCGGCUGGGAGCUUUACCUCAGCCUCAGGAGAAGGCAACAGAACCUGUAACCCUCCUCCCUGGAGGCCAAGUGUGAUAAACGGCAAUCGCUUGUUUUAGAAAUUUAUAAAAGGUUAAUAAAAAUAAAAUGGUUAUAAAAAUAAUAAUACAAAUAUAGUAAUAAGGGUUAAACAAUUAAGAGUUAGGACAACUAAUGAGACAAUAACAGCAAAGAGUUACAGCCCAAGCUGGGUACCUCUUUCUGGACAAAAGUGAGCCAGGAAAAGGACGCUGUUAAAAGAGAAUUUACUCCUUAAGAGGAGUAAUCUAUUACAUAUACAAAACACUUCAUGAUUAUGCAUAUAUUUUAUUUAAAACAAGAAAUUCGUCUGGUACUUGUCGAAAAUUUUCUGUUAAUCCCCAGGUGCCUUUGAGUCUAAGUCAGGCUUGAAGAGGUUUGUUUCUGUUGAUAAGGAAAGCCAUAAAUCCCUCUCCUCUGGAAAAUUUAGGGGUUUCUGUAAUUGUUAUCUCUGUGUGAAGAAUUUCUUGAUUAUCUUCUCCUUUUCUUGAGCUAAUAAAAAGAAUACCUCACA